AUGGAUGCUGAUUUCUCCCUCUCCGAGCCUACACUAGCUUUGCUCGAAGGUUUUUUGUUGCGAUUAGUGAUCAAAAGGACGUUUAUUCCAGGCGAAGGUACAGGCUCUCAGGAUGUGCUCAAAAACAUGCCAAACUUGGCGAGAAUGGACAUUGUGGCCGUCGGUUAGUUGAUGUUUAAAAAGGGAGCGAAAGGAAUAAACUUGAGAACAAUCUGCGAUGGCGCAGUCGUUCACCCAAGUUGUGAUAGACGCCGAGAGAGGCGAGCUGCUGAACAAGGCCUUCGAGUUCGCGUUCCAGAUCGCGCAGCCCGGCGGCCGCGUCUACGCCUUCAGCACCGCGGAGAAUCUCCCUUCUGCUCUGAGGAAGCUCCGCAUCGCUGGCUUCAUCCCAUCCAAUGCGGGUUAGCACUCAGUUUUCGUAUUUCAAUUCAUAUGUACAACAAGCUUCAAAAGUUUAUGUCGAAAAAUUGGAGAUUUCUGAACCAUUUAAAAUGAAAUGAACAAGUAUCAAAAAAAAAAUUGUGAAAUUAUUCAUUCUUAUUUGAAAAGCGAACUACUUUUCCAUGUUGGUGUUAUUUUGUAGUAAGACCAUUUUUUUCACAACCGAAUCAUUCCAGAAGAGUUUAUUAAAAAUUUUUCAUUUUUACAUUAAUAGGCGACUUUUCCAACAUGGGAGGCUGUGAGAGUAGUGUUCACGGAUGAACAAAAGUUUCGAAUUUUUCUACUUUUUCUCACGGAAAUUUUGGUGAAAAAAAACAAAAGCAAAACGAGAGAGUUGAUCUAAGAGUGAAAACAUGUAACUUUGUCAUUUUUAAAAGACUUAAAAGGAAAAAUUUUGAUCGAGGACCUUUUCUUACAGACUCUUAUCCACUUAUUGGCUCGAAGCCAGCUUUUACGGGCCAGACGUUUUCACUGAACUUGUCUGCAGCAAAUGCCGUAAGAAUUCAAUCCUUUUUUGCCGCUGUAGAUAGAAUGAUGUCCGAAAAAAAUGUUGCUACAAUUUUUUAUGUUAUAGGACGUGGAUGACGUGAUAGACGAAGACGCACUUCUCGAGGAGGAGGAUUUGCAAAAACCUUCUGGUGCUCAACUCAAAGGUGCUUCUUUCCUGUUUUUUUUUUGUUUGAAUUCAUAUCUGCUGAUUUAAAGCGGAGUGUGGGCCCGGCGACAACAAGAAAAAGAGAGCAUGUAAAAACUGCACAUGCGGUUUGGCAGAAGAGGAGGAGAAAGAAAGAGUCCAAAAUGCUCCGUCGACCAAAGGAUGUGGUAGUGUGAGUUUUUACAUGAGUUUUUUCGCCUCCAGAAAUUAAAAUUUGAUACUGCGGAAGAGUACGAAACCCCGGAGAUAAUCCUCUUAGUUUCAAGGUUUCAGUGUGCGCUGGGAGACGCGUUCCGUUGUGCCACAUGUCCCUACUUGGGCAUGCCGCCUUUUAAACCAGGAGAGAAGGUUCAAAUCGCUACUGUCGAUGACUUCUAA